GAUCCAUUAGAAAUGUGAGGAGAGAUGCCGUGGACUCCAAUCAGCGGCCGUCUGGCCUCCAGAUUUGGAUGUUUCAGCACCGCGGACAGCGCACAGCCUCGCUCAGCUCCUCUCGUCUUACUGAUGCUUGAUGAUUUGUGAUUUCCAGAAAGAUCUGCCUGACAAAAACAAGUCCUAAGAGAAACAGAGACCUGGUGGGCUUUUCGUUAUUUUUAUUUAGCUCAUAUUAAGGAUUAUUUUGUUUCCGCCAAAAAUCAGUUUAACAACAGGAACACAGGUUACCGCUCGCCUAAAUUAAAUUCCUCACCUCGCAGUCACUCCUGCAGAACUGAACUGACUACGAGCCUGAAGGUUUGAAGUGUAUAAAAAAAGAAAAAAGAAAUCAUUUCAUGUUCCCGAACACCAGUCGCGCUCACAAUUGUUUUGAUCACCCACCAAAAGUCGCUCACUCGCCUUUCCAUUUAACACAACGUCACUGUAAAGUCUCUACGUGGCACCUCAGGCACACUUAUAGCCCCUGUAGGAGUGUUCUUGGGGCCUGCGGGUCAUUGGUCAACAGGACGCUCGAGCAUCUCCGGCUGUAGCAGCCGCCUCCUUCUCUGCCACAAAACCCCGCACACGGCAUUCAAGCCGGAGACUUGGCGGACUGCACUCUCUCCUCAGGAGGAAAAAGGAAAAGCAACAUAAAAAAAACUUUUGCUCGGGAGUGAGAUGGGCGGCUAAAGCUGAUCUUGGCGGCGGGCAUGCGAGAGAGACGCCGCAGCGGCGAGGAUCGCCCGCUCUGAACCGGAGGAGUCACCGGCAGAUGAUGUCCCGAUGUGAGAGUGCUUCCAGAGGAGACGGAGGAGAGGACGCAGGAGGAUGAAGAGCGGGGGAGAGGGAUCGAGAGCGGCAGAGGUGGAAUAUAAUGAAGUUGAGUGGGAAAGGACUGUGCACCGUCCUCUCCAGCACCCUCCUCUUCGUGUGCGCCCUGAGCGAAGUUGUCGUUGGAUUAAGAUGCGUCUCGUUGGGAUCUACGGUGAAAGCGCAUUUCCACCUCGGCUCCACGGCCGGGGCUUUCUACUCCGGGCUACUUGUGGGAAUCGGGCAAGUCAUGCUGGGAACCGCGCUGGUGUGUUGCACGGACAAGCCCGGCUGCAGGAAUUUCUUUCUCCUCGGUGUUGUGGUCUUCUUGUUGGGGGUCCUCACCGCCUUCUCUGGCGCGGUGGUGGACGGGGACACGGCUUCUCUGGUGGAGAGGAAAUAUUCCCAUUACUGCUUCCACUCUGUGGUGCUGAACCCUGCCUGCGAGCAGCUGAGGGAUUACCAGCGGAGUUUGGUCAUCUCCACUGUUCUCAGCACGUUGGAGUGCCUCCUCGGGCUCAUCAACCUGGUGAUCAUCAAAAGGUACAAAACAGCGCAGUUUUCUAGGAGCAGACAGUGUCAGAGGCAGAGCGCCGGGGCGAUCAUCUUCAGCGAGGAGCGGGACUGCUCCUCGGCGGAUUUCCAGCCGGUGUCUUACAUCAACCUGGGUGUUUUUAGUGUGUUUGACGAGACAGGUGCAGAAGUGCAGUGCGGGGGACACCCGUCAAUCGAGCUGCCGGGAUACUCGCCCACGGACCCGGAGCUCAAUCAUUGCUUCCCUUUCUCCUACCCGCUCCCCAGUGAACUGCCACCCGCAUACGAAGACAUUUUCCCCGCUGAGGCAUGCAACACAUAGCCGCUCUGGAGCAGCCCCGGCAGCGCUUCUCUCUGCUGUGACAAUCAAUGACUUUACGCUUUAAAAAAAA